AUGAGAUACAUAAAUCUUAUGACAUUCUGUAUCUACAUUAUACAAUCAAUACAAGCAAAGAUCGAUAAAGACACAAAGGAUUUCGAACAAGAGAAAUCACUUUUCAAGUCUUUACAAGAACAAAAGGAGUCAGAGCUAAAGUCAAUCACCAUCCAAAAGCAAAACCUAGCAAAAGAGAAGGAAGAGUUUGAAAACAGAAUAGGUGUACAACAGUCUGAGCUCAACCAGAAAUCACUCUCUCUCGAAAAGAAGGAACAAGAACUAAAUCAACUACAACAACAACUUGAAACUCAAAGAUUAACUAUUCAAGAAUUAACAGUCACCACCACAACAACAACAACAACCAAACAACAAGAACAACAACAAGAUGUACAAACCAAAGAAAAACAAUCAAUAACAACUGAAUCAUCAUCUCCAACCACUACAACAGAUCAACAAGAAACUAAAUCAACCACAACUGCAGGCAACGACAACAAUAACAACCAAAUUGUCGCACCAAGUAAAGACCCUCUUCCGCUGCGAUGGAUUAAAAGUAUUGUAAAUUGGUUUAAGAGUAUAUUUGGUUAA